UAUAUGAGGAUGGAAAUCUUGUGGUACUAAAUGGACAGACAGAGAUUCUGUGGUCAUCAAAUGUUUCAAACUCUGUACCAAAUUCAAGUGCCACUUUGUUGGAUUCUAGAAACCUUGUUUUGCAAGUUGACACAACAGAAGCAACAGUAUGGGAGAGUUUUCAGCAUCCUUGUGAUACAUUCUUGCCAAAGAUGAAACUUACUUCUAAUUUAAGGACAAAUCAGAAAGUACAACUGACAUCAUGGAAAAGCCCUUCUGAUCCAUCCACUGGAAGAUUCUCGGCAGGCGUUAAUCUACAAAACAUUCCCCAAGGUUUCGUUUGGAAAGACGGCCAUCCAUAUUGGCGGCCUGGUCCAUGGAAUGGUCAGUUCUUUACUGGAGCACAGAACUGGGUUCUAGAUUAUCAUAGUGGAGUUACUAUAGUAUAUGAUAAAGAAGAGACCGUUUAUGCAACCUUCGCUUAUGCGAACGUGUUAGAAUUGUCAAAACAUUUCUUGGAUUCACAAGGAAAUAUAAUGCAGAUAGAUUGGGAUGAUGAGAAGGAGGAUUGGGAGGUUGUUGGGUUCGCUCCGGCAAAUGAAUGUGAUGUUUAUGGCACCUGUGGUGCAUUUGGAAGCUGUUAUGCGCUGAGUUCACCAAUCUACAGUUGUUUGAAAGGGUUUGAGCCAAAGAUUGUUGAGGAAUGGCAUAGAGGUAAUUGGGUGAGUGGAUGUGUGAGGAGGACACCAUUGCAGUGUGAAAGGGUUAACAAUAGAAGUGAGGGAGGAGGAAAAGCAGAUGGGUUUUUGAAAUUGGAGAUGGUCAAAGUGCCAGACUUUGCAGAGUGGUCAUAUCGAACUAAAGAUGAUUGUCAAAAGCAAUGCUUGGAGAACUGUUCUUGUGUAGCUUAUGCAUAUGAUACUGGCAUUGGUUGUAUGUCAUGGGGUGGAAACCUAAUUGACCUGCAAAAAUUCUCCAUUGGUGGAAUUGAGCUACAGAAAUCCUCGACUGGUGGGUUGGAUAUAUAUAUUCGUUUGUCUUAUUUGGAAUUUGAAAACGAGAGAAAUUUGAAAGUAAUCAUCACAAUUACAGUGAUUAUUGGAGCAAUGGCUAUUCCCAGCACCGCAUACUUCUUAUGGAGAUGGAUGACCAAAAAAAGAGCAAGGGAAAAUAAAAGCAGGGAGAGUUUACCAUCCAAAAACCUGAACGAUGUUAAACUCCACGAGCUACCAACUUUUAGUUUGGAAGAAUUGGCAACUGCAACAAACAACUUUCAUGUAGCUAAUAUGCUUGGCCCUGGUGUGACAGAAAGGACAGAGUUGGAUGCAUUCGGACUUUUGGAGACUCAGACAGAACCUAAUCGUUGA